AUGCUCCAAAUUGUGCUAUUCUCCAUUUUGGCUGGAAUUUCACUGGCCGCUGAAAAUUCCGAUUGUUUCCUUGGAAGAGAGCCAGGGAAUACUGGGUGUGGAGAGCAAGGAGUCAGAAGUUUCUAUUUCCAUAAGAAUACGAGGACCUGUCAACCAUUCUUUUAUCAGGGUUGCGAUGGAAAUGGAAACCGAUUCCCAUCCAAGGAAGCAUGCGAAUCCACGUGCCGAAAUGCCACAGCUGCUGGAGAUCUAGAGUACAAAGUCUGUGCAUCUGGAGCCUACCCAGCUGGAGCCACAUCUGGGCAGGCUGUGACUGGAAACAAUUGCCCACAUGGAUAUGAGGUUCAGGAUGGACAGUGCUGUCCAACUAGAGAAUACACCUGUGGCCUACAGUACGACGCCGGGAAGUUUGGAUCCAGUGGAAAGCAUACGCCAAGAUAUUUCUUUUCGAAGAACUACAAAAACUGCAUGUUGUUCACAUUCUACGGCCGCGACGGAAACGCCAACAAUUUUGCCACCUACAACGAGUGCAAGAACUUUUGCAUGUAA